UACCCUUGCCAUACGAACUGCCGCGACUCCAGGAUCCUGCAGGGUAAAUUCACCGCGUUUGGAGAUACUGAUACCGUGGCUGUUCUUCCAGUAUCCCAACAGAAGAAAGGUUUCAACUGUCGCUCGGCUCCCAUCUCUGCAAUAUAGCCUAUACUACCUGGUGCUGCUAUUACAACGGACGCAAACGAAGACAAGAGGAGACUAGGCUACACAUUGCGACGUGAUUUUGGAUUUCGCAACCAUUGACAACCUUUUGCACACCAAGUGUGUUAUUUUGUCUAUGUCCUGUUUGGGAUAUAUUGUGUUCGUAUUAUCUUAUCUAUAGCAUACGAUAAAAAAAGAGCCUUAUAACUGGUAGUAAUCCAGUAUUUGGGCACUAUUCCCACACCAGAGACUCAUACAGUGAUUAUCACAUAGAACGACACAGGAGAUAUACCUAUCCCGGUUUCACAAUGAGUCAGGGGGAUGUAUCAACUUGCUCAGCGCCUCAGAGAGUAUUCCAAGAGGCGGUGAAGCAAGGCAACACAAAGGAACUUCACUCGUUGCUCCAGAACAUGACAAACUGCGAAUUCAAUGUCAACUCCUUCGGGCCCGAAGGACAGACGGCGUUGCAUCAGUCAGUCAUCGACGGGAAUCUCGAACUUGUAAAACUGCUGGUGAAAUUCGGAGCCGAUAUUCGAUUGGCGAACAGGGAAGGGUGGAGUGCCUUACACAUUGCCGCUUUUGGAGGACAUCAAGACAUAGUCCUAUACCUCAUCACUAAGGCAAAGUACUCUUCUGGCGCACGGUGAUCUGCUACACUGCUGUCAGGUAAACACACGGAAAGCCAGGCUUUUGUAAACUUGCGUUUCGAUCUGUACAUAGUUGUCCCAAAUUAUAGCCUAAAAACACACAGUAAAUUACCUUUCAUCAAAACCAAACAGGGUCUCUCUGACUCGUGAGUCAAACACCACAUGGUUCUUGUAUCUGCUUCAGCAUGAAUCUUGAAAAAAAUAAACGCCAUUUUGGUGGGUUGGUACUAAAGCUUUUUUUCUUGAAUGUGUAUAAUAGAUUGGGACAUAUAAAAAUAACUAAGCCGGUGUUUGGGUCCCGAGGCCAGAUAGCAGCCUAGUUUUACGCGGCGAUAGACGUUCCAUCUUUCUUGCCGCUGUUUCAUUGAAACGCUUCUUUAUUGGGCUUUGUUUUGAUGUGUUGACCUGUAGCUACGCUGUUCACUUGUAGGACCCUUUUAAAUUAUUUUAUAUACUAAAAGAUGGCACUUGAUGCUGUGGCUGCAUGCUGGAAUAGCCUAUACGAAAGGGAAGACGAGGUGGGCACGGGGAAUGAAUGCCAUCAUCUAUUUGGCUUUAAUAUUUCAUUUUUAAAUUAAAGGAUUUGAUCUAUUUCAAAGUGCGGCAUUAUGAUAUAUCCAAUUUGCUUUUCCAGAUGUGUAUUCAUUGUAACAGCAAUGUACCUAAUGUUGUUAAGUACUGUACACAAUAGCUUUACUUUGUUUCUUUAUAUAUAUAUAAAAAAAAUAGCUAAAUGCGCUCUGCCUUCAUCAAACAGGCUGCUUGGCUGGCAUCAACGUAUUUUCAGGCCAGUGCGACCAGUGUCAAUGGUUAAUGUACUAUUAAACCGCUGCUUUCGCUUUGUAUCAAAACGUCAGGAAAGUCGCAUUUGGAAUUCACUUUAUCUCCUUUCAGUAUUUUAACGAACAACACCCUGGUCAUCACUGUGAAUACAGGCUGGGUUCUAUUUAUGAAGGUACAUUGAGAAGAUGCAUUUUGAAUAUGUUGUGGUUCUUUUUUCUCUCUCUCUCUCAAAUCAAAUCUAUGACGUUUUUCAAUAUUUAGGGUGACUUAUAAAGCUGCUUCGGACUCGUAUCGUAGUAUAAACUGUCCCGUGUGGAGAUCCCGUCACGUCCCAAUUAGCCUAAAUUUGUCUGCGCUGGAGAGACUAUUCUUUGUCUCUUAUGAACUUCAUGUUUUGUUUUCGUUACCAGCUACCUCGACUGUAAAGUAUUCAAAAUCAUUGGACUCUUGCUCACUCCACAACACUCCAAUACAGGAAGUCACACAAAGAUUCCUGUAGCCUAUCCGCAACCUGGUCUAGGCCAACAUAAGGAGCAUACUCACACAGACAUUCAAGUAGCAGAUACUUUGGCAGUAGGCCCCAAGGCAAUGUUAUUCAAACCACAGAUUUCGGAUAGGGGACAACUAUGGUAUUUGUUCUGCAAAGCAAUAAUGACUAUUUACAGUUUAUUUCUCAUCGUCAACGGGGACAAUGUAUUUCCCACACUACUACCAAAUUGUAAUGUGACAAGCAAAGGGGUUUGCCUUUCUGUAAAGGUAUGGUUGCAAACACACAUUGCAAUUUUUUUGGUUAUUUAAAAAAAAAAAUCAGUGAAUCGAUUAUAUCGUCAUUCUGUUUGAAGUUUCUAUUUAGUCGCAAAAAUUGAAUUUGAUUGCAUAAUUUAUAAAUACAGGGAGUUUUAUUGCACAAAAUGCGGAGCCUUAUACCCCCCCCCCCCUGGUGCUUGUUCGGGUAACUGCAGGAGCUGAGGCUUAUAAAUAGUUACUACUGAGCAGGAGUAUAAACCUAUUAUUAAUCAACAUGACUAUUGCAGGAUAUCAAAAACAAUUGGUUUAAAAAAAACUGCCUGCUGCAUUUUGAAAGUCAUGUCACCUUAAUACUUGUUUCUAUGCUGCUUGUAUGUUACUUUUUCAUUUGUGUUUAUUUUUUAUUUUACUCAACGGCCAACAGUGAGUGAAAGAUAUAAAAAGCCCGAUAGCAUCACAGUCAUUUAAUGAGAAGCCGUGAGAGUGUACAUGUGCGCAUGUAUGUAUGCAUGUGCACGUGUUCAUGUGUGUGUGUCGCAUACAUACAUCUGACCGUCGUGUCCUGAGCGAGCCGAGCUGUCCCCCCUGCUCCUCUCCUCCUGUGUGUGUGAGGCCAGCUCCUCUCCUCCUGUGUGUGUGAGGCCAGCUCCUCUCCUCCUGUGUGUGUGAGGCCAGCUCCUCUCCUCCUGUGUGUGUGAGGCCUGCUCCUCUCCUCCUGUGUGUGGCAUUGUGUUGCGACCUUGGUCUGCUCUGCCUACCAUGAGUAGAGGGACAUCAGGGAAUAAGGACUGUCCUUCCAUAUACCUGGAAAAACAAACUAAAGCAAUAGAAAGAAACAUCAAGGCAUAGAUUGGUAUUAGCAGAACGGAAGAAAUAUGCAUCGCUGGUCUUAAACUUGAUCGUUUUUUUUAUAUAUAUAUUUGUUUAAUGUUGCACUGAUGACUGUUGUUGAUUUGGCUUUUUAUCAAGUCGACAUUUAAUUUUUUUUCUGAAUAGAAAAAAAGGAACACAACAAAAUACUAUUGUAUAAAAAAAGGCUUCAGGUUGUAAUGUCUCUUGUUUGUUAACUUUGUGAAACAUUGUUUUUGCAAAGGUUGUUUGUAUCUCUGUGAUCGGGUGUAUAUAUAUAUAUAUGUAUAUAUAUAUAUAUGUAUAUAUAUAUAUAUAUGUAUAUAUAUAUAUAUAUAUAUAUAUAUAUAUAUAUAUAUACACUGAAAAAAUAUCUUGGUGCACUUUCUUUUUUGAAGUGCUGUCCUCCUCCUGUUGUUAUGAAAGUGGUAAAAAACAUUUGAUGGUAAGAUCAUUGUUACAUAAAAAAAUUGCACGGUGUGUAGUUGUUCUACUCAACAGUGUCAUAACAUUUAUGGCCCAAGAGUGGACGCCUGGAUAGGUGUAAAUGAAUGAGAUAAAGCGCUGACAUUUUUUUCCGGGGGGGGGGGGGGAGUUCUGUUUUUGUUUAGCUUUUUUUUCGAGCGACACAAAAACAAAUGUCGUGAGUUUCUUGAGUGAUGCAGUUGCUCCACCGUGUUUGAUUUUGGGUGUGAUUUAAUUUCUUUUGUAUUUGUUUGUGUUUCCUUUUUGAACAUUUGUAACACUGUGAUCGUGAUGAUGUGUGGUGAGGAAAUGAGUGCUGUAAUAUUUUUGUACGUUUGUGUACAAGCCAGUAAAGAAAUCAUUAAACUCUC